AUGUUAAAUGCAAAGGGGAUUAGGUUUUUGGAUUUUAUAUACCUUGGUCAACGCAACCAAAAGGUUUUAAAGGAGCUACAGUAUUUGGCCAGUGCUUUUGCCAUAACUAGGGUUUUUACGAAGAUGCAUGUUGAUAAAGUAAGAAGUGCUACUGUGGCUGUUAAGAUCCGAAAGACGAAGCGAGAAACUCCGAAGCGUCCGAAGACAUCAUGGGUGAAGGAUGUUUGGAGUCUUCAUGUUGGAGAAGUUAGGUCUCAUGUUGCUCGAUUUGUUGAGUUUCUGAGCAACAAAGAUUCUUGGCAGCUCCAGGUUGAAGCUGCUUGGGUUCUCACCAGUGCUUUUGAUGGCUCGACUCCUUCGAAUGACCAUUUGCUGGAGCCAAUAUUUCAAAAAUUGUAUUCCAAUCAGGAAAGUCUUGAAUUAGCGGUCGUUGGUAUUUUAUCCGAUCAUACAAUUCUGCAGGGCAUAGCAACCAAACAAUUCCGAACACUGCUCUCUAUCAAUGAGAAACUUGAUCUUUGCGAAGCUAUGAAGUUUAGCGUUAUUCUUCGAUUUGCUCAGUUUAUAAAGAUGCCAUAUUGCCUGCAGCAGCUCAAGGAUGAUUCUGCUUGGAUUCUCGUACUUAUUUUCUCUUUCCGCCUCGCUUAUAAAUUUGAUAGGGUUGAAUAUGGGUUGGUGGAAGUUCUUGCUGUGCUGGUAGUGGGAGAAGUUAAACAUGGUGUUUUGACUCCUUUGCUGAACAAGUUAAAGGAGGCGAACAACAAUUUUCCGAUGCAGAGAGAAGCCACGAGGACUUUGUCACUGAUUUUUAAAAGCAGGCCGGAUCUUCCAUCUAAGCAGGUUACUUCAGCAGUCUAUUCUCUUUUAGAGCUUCUUCGUUCAGAUGAUGAUGAGGUGCUAACAAAUGUAUGUUGUGCACUUUCUUACCGUAUUGAUGGUAUACGUGGCAUUAUCCAACACCACAAUAACUGA